AUGUCCAAAGACGCCCAUUCGAACUUCCACGCAAACCUUCUGGCGGCUAAUCAGCUGGCCGACGCGCAACGAGUCGUCGUGAUCAACUGUUUCCACGGAGCUACCCUGAAUAAUGUUUAUUUUUCAAGCGAGCCAAGAGGAAACCCUCUUGACGAUAGCCAGGCCCAUGUGGAGGAACAGGAAGAGCCACUGGGAAUGUUCAAACACGUCCAUCAAUGGGAUCACUCGAGAAAAAGACAGAAAUCAGAAACCCACGCCGAGGAGUUCGUCGAGGAGGUAAGACAGCCCGAGCUCCCAUCUGUGCACAUGAACUUCCCUAACCCGUCGCCGGUGACGUUUGAACCGAAGGCAACCUCUAUCAACGUUGUGGAGCCGGAUAUGGACGAGACACAGUUGAGAAUGCUGCUAAGAGAGGAGAAAGAAGUCUAUUUCAGACACACUGGGGGACAGCUGAUGGAAAAUGACCCGCUUUUUUAUUUCAACGAUACAUGGCUACCAAAACUUGUGCGCGAAAACAAGUACCGGCUGAUUCACUUCCAAUAUAAACCGCAAGAACUGAUUAUAGAUCGGCAGUCAGAGAUCCAUCACAAGUGUUCUCCAGUGAAUAACCCGUACGCAGUGGUGACCUAUGCCCAAUGCACCCAAUGCUCGAUGUUGCUCCAAUACAAAGGAAAGCGCAACCCAAGAAAGAACGACGGUAACGCGCUAACCCACGUGAAAAGACACGAAAAAAAAGGUUAUAAUUGA